UCCUCCAACAUGGCGACGUGCCUAGGCCGGCGUCGGCGGUGACGUCACUUUUCUGCGCCCAGACUGUAUUCUCCAGCUCCCCCUUGUCUCCUGUCUCCGGACGGAUCGUCUUGUACCGGAGCCGCUCUUAAAGGGGCAAUGCACCGAGACCGAGCCCCGACAACCGGCCGGGGGGAUCUCUCCUAUUCUUGACUUUUAUUUCACUGUGGUGCUCCGGGACCCUACUUUCUUUUUGUUGUCCACCAUUUUGUCUUUCUGGUCUUCCUCUCCUAAAUCUUCCUCUUCAUGGAGGACAUUCCCUCCACAUACCUCUCUGGACAGGACGAUGUGGAUAAUUUACCCUACCAACUGACGUCUAUUGGGCAGAAUGAAGCCUGUGCCCCAAUGCCAUGCCCGGGAGGUGUGGAGAUUGUUCUUGUGGGAAGCGGAGAAGCCAACGUUGGGGCAUAUCCCGAAGAAGGUGGUGUCCUCACAUCCUACCCACACAUGGGAUAUAGAGAAGACAGCCGAGAAGGCAUCAGAGUGACCCAACCAAGGGAUUCAGAUGACAUCAACUGUGGCAUUAUGGGGCGCCCAGAUCAAGACCACCGUUCAUCUUCUAAAUAUACUCUUCCACCACCUGACCAUCGCACAUUACACCAUCUUGGGUCUCACCAGGCUGGCACCAACACCACACCUUGGGGGUAUUCAGCUUCAGAUGCUCAUGAUGAAGAAGUUGAAAGGGAAUCUGAUGGAAUGACUUCAGAAGAUCAGUACAGAAGGUACGAGUGGUCUUCUGGUUUGGAUGAUGUAGAAGGACAUUCACAGUUAAUGAUGAUCCGAACAGACCCACCGCCUAUUAACAUGCCAGCUUUUAGAAGAGCCCUGCAGCUGGGAAGAGCUCAUGAGGCCUGGCAAGGCGGAAACUAUUCCGAAGAGGAUGCACAUGUAGAAGUGGAAGAGGAGGAGGAAGAUGGUUCAGUUUACACCUGCAUCGAGUGCAACAUUUACUUCAAGAAAAAAGCCCAUCUUUUGGAGCAUAUGUUCCAGCACUCCCAGGAAGGAGAAACAGAGGGGGUGCAGGCAAGUGAAGGAUCUCACACCUGUGGGGAAUGUGGAAAGGCAUUUAUAGAUGAGGAAAGUCUGGAGUCUCACCAACAUCUUCAUCAGGAGUCUAGACAAAAAAUAAUGGAAGAAAUUAGUAAACUGGAGAAUUUAGCAGAUGAAGGACGUGAUGCCCGUUUGCAGUGUCCCAAAUGCCUCUUCGGCACAAAUUCUUCCAAAGUUUUUGUACAACAUGCAAAGACCCACGUGAGGAAGGUCAGUGGGGAGACUCGGGGAAAUCCAACAUCUUUCAGACAAUCUUCUGAAAUUCUAGAAGGAGGCAAAACCACUGAAAUGGCAAAUGAAGGUAUGUGGAAGAGUCCAGAAGCAGAGGCUACAGCUGAACAGGGAUGGAGAUCCAACUUAGACAAACCUGGAGUGCAGGGACCCAGUAAAAUAAAGAGAAAAAAUUUGGCUAGAGAAGACUCUGAAAAUUCUAUACCAGAAAGGCUUUAUACCGAGGGAGAGAAUAGUAAGUCUACUAAAGCUUUCCGACUCCCAGAGGCUGCUGUAGAGCUAAAAAGGAAGUUUACAAAAGCCCUGCGAUCAGCUGGAGGAUGUGAGGAAGACAAGAGGCAGCAGUUAAGAGAUCAGGUUGCUGUAGUCAUCCUGGAGAAUAUUGGAGCCAAGAAGAAGAAACCUAAGGGACAUCAGCCUUUGAGUUAUGGAAAAAAGCUUACAGCAGGCAACAAAGGACCACUGUCACGUUUCGAACGCCGCCUAGCCAGUGAUGACUGGGAAGAUGCGGAAGAGGAUGUACCUCUAGAUGCCCUCUUAAUGGAUCCCAAAUAUGCAAGCCAACUCGAAGCCCUUGGGCUGAGGAGUGAGGAAAGAGAGUGUCCGUAUUGUCCAGAUCGGUUCCACAAUGGGAUCGGUCUCGCCAAUCACGUCAGGGGCCACCUGAACAGAGUGGGAGUAAGCUAUAACGUACGGCACUUCAUAUCGGCAGAAGAAGUCAAGGCUAUUGAACAGAACUACUCCUUCCAGAAGAAACGCAAGAAAGUGGCGAACUUCGACCCCAGUACCUUCAGCCUGAUGCGGUGCGAAUUCUGUGGUGCUGGUUUCGACACUCGUGCUGGCCUCUCCAGUCACGCCCGUGCCCACCUGCGAGACUUUGGUAUCACCAACUGGGAGCUCACAGUGUCUCCCAUCCAUGUCCUUGCUCGACUGCUAGCCCGCUCACCCGGUCAUCCACUGCCACCCUUUCCACCUUGGCACCAGGACACUGAUACAGACGCAUUGUCGGAUGAGGAUGAUGGGACUCCAUUAGAUCUAGGACGACCGCAGAUCUCAAAAGCAGAUCAGGGCCGAGUAGAGAAAAUGGCAUCGGAUCAGAGUGGAGAGAAAACCGAAGAGUCUAAAGGCCCAGGUUCCACUACGUGUGAGUUAUGUGGAGCAUGCUUCGAGACACGGAAGGGCCUAUCCAGCCACGCACGCUCCCACCUGCGGCACCUCGGGGUGCCUGAGUCGGAGAGCAGUGGGGCUCCCAUUGACCUGCUGAACGAGCUGGCUAAACAGGGCAAGCUGCCGAAAGACGAGAGUUUAUUGGGGGCCAAGAAGGUGGCGAGCCCCCAGCCAGGAUCCCCCAAGGCCCAAUGGGGGGAGGAGGACGGGCCUCUGAAUCUGACUGUAGAAGGUGAAACCAGCAGAGAAAAUGACUGUCAGUUUUGUGGUGCUUGGUUUGAGACUCGAAAGGGCUUAUCCAGCCAUGCCCGUGCUCACUUACGACACUUGGGAGUGACUGACCCGGAUUCUAAAGGUCACCCAAUUGCAGCUCUCAACUCUCUAAUCAAAAGCGAAGAGUUCAAGAAGAAACUGUCUGGACACAUGCCGGCCAGCGUUGAUGAUGGUCUUACCAAAGCUGCAGAGGGCACCUCCAAAGAACCGGCUACAGAAGAAAGCCUGGUAAACAGUGCCAAGGUCAAAGAAACCAACAUUUUCACAAAGAUGGCUGAAGGAACCGACAAAGGGAAUGAUGACACUUCCUCCGAUGCAUCUGAAGGCAGUCCUCGCUCUAUGCCAGGAGAAAGCUCUGUGAAGUUAGCUGACAGCACAGGACCAAUAGAGACUUCUGCACAUUUCAAGUGUCCUAGUGGCUCAGGAAACAGCACCCAGAUAAAGAUUGUUGAAGCUGGUGCCCCACACAUACUUUCUUCUGAUGUUGGUCCCCGUACAAAAUUAAUGGAGUCUGGCAAACCCCAUGUAAAGCCAGAUACUGUCCGCCUUCAUGGCAAGAUGGAAACCACCAACCGACCUACAUUAACUGGGCUCCCCCAUCCCAGGCCAUCCCCAUCUCACACCCCACCUACCAAAAAGUUGAAGAUGUCUCCUUCACCCUGUAAACCCAACAUGGAGUCUUACUGGUCACCAAAAAAUGUCCAAACUCCACUCAAUUUGUCCCCAAGUUCGGAAGAAGUCCGCUGCGAGUUCUGCGGCGAAUUCUUUGAGAACCGAAAGGGCCUGUCGAGCCACGCACGCUCCCACCUGCGUCAGAUGGGUGUCACAGAGUGGCAUGUCAACGGCUCGCCCAUCGACACCCUGAGGGAGAUCUUGGCCACAGGGAACUGCCCCAGAUCGGCCAACAGAAUUGGAGGCCCCAACCAGGACAAGCUCCUCUCUCAUCAUCCUCCCUCUUCCCCCUCUGGAUCACACCCGUUCAGUGGGUUAUCUCAAACAAUGCAACGCAAGCCUCAGCUUCCCACCUUCACAGCCAGUGAAUGGCCCGGCGAUCUGUCACCUCUGAACUUGUCCUCUCGGGCAGACCCCACUCGUGACAUCCGCUGUGAGUUCUGCAAUGAGUUUUUUGAGAACCGCAAGGGACUAUCUAGCCAUGCCCGCUCUCAUCUGCGCCAAAUGGGUGUUACCGAAUGGCACGUAAACGGCUCACCUAUUGACACGCUGCGAGAAAUCAUACGCAAAAGGCGCCCAACUCCACAGCAGCAUCUUAACAUUAAAAAGGAACCGCGAGGGGACGACGAACCACACAGUCCAUCACAGAGACUGUCUCCCCUUGGCAUUGGAUCUCAAGGAAUGCCACGAGAUCUGUCAGUUUCUCCUCAUGGACGUCCCCAUAACAACUUCCUGUCUCCAAUGCCAGCUAAGAGGCCAUUGUCUCACGGACCACGACAGCAUGAUCCUAGGGGAUUUGUGAAUUUAGAGCCAAAGACUUGCAAUCAGUCUAAGUCUUACAUGCAGGGAGAGCCUAGGCCAAAAACCUUUAUUCAUGAGGAUGAUAGGCCCAGGGCCUUCAUUCAAAGUGACGGGAGACCCAAAACAUUUCUACAGAGUGCCGAUGGAAGGCCAAAGACUUUUAUUCAUGAUGGGAGACCAAAGGGCUUCUUGACAGCAGAACACAGACCCAAGACAUUUGUGCACGGGGAUCACAAGCCCAAGGCAUUUUUACAAAAUGACGGUAGACCUAAACCUUUUCUUACUGCAGAUGGAAAGCCCAAACACUUCAUGCAUAGUGAUAACAAACCCAAGGUUUAUUCUCCAGAUGGCAAGCCAAAGGCAUACAUCCAGACAGAGCUUCCUUUCAAGGUGAAGGUGAAGUCCUCUCCAGAGAAAGCAGUGACAUCAUUGGAGGCAUGCUGUGAACUAUGCGGGCUCUUCUUUGAAAAUCGAAAGGCGCUUGCUAGCCAUGCUAGGGCUCACCUUCGCCAGUUUGGAGUCACAGAAUGGUGUGUCAAUGGAUCGCCCAUAGAAACACUACGUGAGUGGAUGAAGCAGCGGCCUCAAAAGGCUGGAGCUUACCUCAGUUACAUUCAAGGAGGACGUCCCUACACUAAAAAGUUCAAGCGUGCUCUUCAAUCACCAAAGCCUGGAGGACCUGAGAGGGAGAGUCCAGCUGUAACCCCAGGGAAGGUAGUGGAAGCCGAACGCGUUGUGGGAGCAGCACACGGGCCAGCAGCUGAAAAGCCGGCAGAAGUACACGGGCACAAACCUGAGAGGCGUCAUCCUAAGCCUGCCGAGGUCCCGCCUCCUCGGGAUGAGACAGUCACUGACCAACCAUCCAAAUCAGAGGAUCCACGACCCCCUGUAAGAGCUCGUCCUGUCCCCUCUUUGGUGCCAAGGCCUCCCCAGACUUCCUUGGUCAAGUUUGUGGGGAACAUUUACACGUUAAAAUGCAGGUUCUGUGAUAUCCAGUUCCAGGGUCCACUUUCCAUCCAGGAACAGUGGGUCCGUCACCUCCAGCAUCACAUACUGGAAACGAACUUCUCGAAAGCCUCCAGCCCACCACAUGAUCUGUCCUCACAGGAGCAGCAUCCUGAGCCUCCCAAAGCUCAGUAACAUCCAGCAUCAACCCUGCAUAGACCCAGAUGGACUAAUGAACAGGCUGUGUGCUAUGGGCUAUGGUGGUAUGCAAUUGGUAACAGGAUGGGACUUACGUAAAUAGUAGGACCCAAUGGACAUUUUAGAAGAGUAAUAUUGGAAAGGUCUGGGCUAUGUGUACAGAUACACAAAGCAACGUUUUCAUGUGACGUUAUUGCAGUAUGUAAGGAGAGGGGUCAUGGUUAUGGAGCGGUCAGUAUGGGAGGAAGACUAAGGAAGGUUUUGUUUUAAUGGCAGGGUCUACUAUUGAACUGGUAAGUUAUGAAAGCCCCGCUACUUGGCCUCAGGCAAUGAAGAAUGUUGUUUAAUACAAUGUGGAAGAAUAAAGCUGUGAUCUGGUGACUUCUAUCUCCUAAGUGGGUGUUUCACUGCCCUUAGAAAGCUCCUUACCAUCCUACAGGUCCGUUUUUUUUGUCUUCCCUAACCCUUGACUUGUUAA